UUCGACGUGGUCUUCUCCUCGGAUGACCGCCUCGACUCCGCCUCCUUAUCCGCCCUUCGCAGCUCCCUUUCGACGUGGUGUUCUCCUCGGAUGACCGGCCUCGACUCCGCCUCCCUCGUCAAGCGUCUCAAGACGUUCAACAUCAUCCUGGAGCAAAUGAGGCAGCGCCACAUGGCAUGGACCAUCACCAAUCGCGAGCUGCGCGCGCACGUCAAGGCCAAGACCCUCUCGGGCCUGCUGGACAAAUACCGCGAGUUCAUCAUCCGACACGGCAACAUUCUGCGCAACCAGCGGUCACUGGACGUGCGGGUGCUGGCGUGUGAAGAGGUGGAGACGAUGCUUGCAGAUUCCUUCAGCAGCGGUCCCGUGGGGAAGCACAAGUGA